AUGAGUUCGCUCUACGACGCUUCAGGCAUCAUUGGGAUUUUUUUGGCCUCGCUUCUCGCCAGUCAGCUCGGAGAGACCCACUGGCGACUCCUCUUUUGGCUCGGAGCUCUUGGCGGUGUUAUUGGGGUCAUUUUUCGGAAGACAGCGAAAGAGUCUCCUGAAUUUGUCCCAACCCCCUUCUCAUGGAGGGUCAUUUGGCAAGAGAGACGGCUCCUCUCCCGCAUCGCCGUGAUCUCGGGAUUUUCGUACGCCAACUACUACCUGGUCACCGUUUUCCUCAACGGCCAUCUCCCUCGGAUCUCUGCCCUAACCCCUUCCGAUGCCCUCCGGUUCAACACCCAUCUUCUCUGGAUCGACUUCCUCCUCCUCCUCGGAUUUGGGGCUCUUUGCAAGUCGAUGCGGAAGGAAAAGCUCAUGCUCUUUGCAACACUUGCAACCGCCGUGCUCGCCCUUCCCCUCUUUGCGACCUUUGACCACGCUCCUCACGGCAUCUCUUGGGGCCAUGCCGCGCUCAUCCGGCUCAUCUUCGUCACUCUCGGAGCCGCUCUUGCCGCCCCUUACCACGCCUGGAAGCUCGAUCAACUCCCCUCUCACAACCGGUUCCUCCUUGGAAGUCUAGGAUCGACGCUGGGCUCCCAACUCUUCGGCGCCCCCAUCCCGCUUCUGGCCACCUAUCUCGUCGCUCAAACAGGCCUCACCUGGAUCGCCGCAAUUCCCCUGGUGAUCUUAGCCCUUGCCGCCUCCCUUCUCCUCCGUUCGAGCGCAACCUCUCCAGCAAUUCUCUCAAGCUCUCCUCCAGAAUAG